AUGACCAUGCCAAGGAGACGAAUGCCGCCAAUGUGCACCGGACCCACAGAAAUCAGAGACACGUUCAAGUACAUCAACACAGUGGUUUCCUGUUUGGUUUUUGUGGUCGGCAUCAUUGGCAACUCCACUCUUCUGCGGAUCAUCUAUAAGAACAAAUGUAUGCGGAAUGGGCCGAACAUACUCAUUGGUAGCUUGGCCCUCGGAGAUUUGCUGCAUAUCAUUAUUGGCAUUCCUAUCAAUGUCUACAAGCUGUUGGCAGAGGACUGGCCGUUUGGGGUAACUCUGUGUAAAUUGGUGCCAUUUGUGCAGAAAGCUUCAGUUGGAAUCACCGUCCUAAGUCUCUGCGCUCUGAGCAUCGACAGGUACCGGGCAGUGGCCUCGUGGAGCCGUAUCAAAGGCAUCGGAGUGCCAAAGUGGAUGGCCAUUGAGAUUGCACUCAUUUGGAUCAUCUCCAUCAUUCUGGCUGUGCCAGAGGCAAUAGGCUUUGACAUGAUCACCAUGGACUAUAAGGGCGAGCACCUCCGAAUCUGCCUCCUGCAUCCAAUGCAGAAAACAGACCUAAUGAGGUUUUAUAAGUCGGCAAAAGAUUGGUGGUUGUUCGGUGCAUAUUUUUGCCUCCCCUUGGCCUGCACUGCUAUUUUCUACACUCUGAUGACUUGUGAGAUGCUCAGGAAGAAAAACGGAGUCCAGAUCGCGCUGAGUGAUCAUCUGAAACAGCGGAGAGAGGUGGCCAAGACAGUGUUCUGCCUGGUUAUCGUCUUUGCUCUCUGCUGGCUGCCACUUCACUUGAGUCGCAUCCUCAAACUUACCAUCUACGACGAGAAAGACCCGAAUCGCUGCGAACUUCUGAGUUUCUUUCUCGUUUUGGAUUACAUCGGCAUCAACAUGGCAUCGGUAAACUCCUGCAUCAACCCAAUCGCUCUAUACAUGGUCAGCAAGCGUUUCAAGAACUGCUUCAGGUCUUGUCUCUGCUGCUGGUGUCUCCCAGCAGAGUUACUGAUGGAUGAGAAGCAGUCGUGUAUGAAGAUGAAAGUGUCCGAUCGCGUUUCCGACCAAAGCAACUCCAGACUGACCAACAAGUCGACCAGUACGGCCUGA